AUGAAGACGACAACAUCGUCCCUGGCUUCGGCCUUGCUGCUAAUCAGCGCAUCUCUUGCUUACGCAAAACUUGAUAUCCACAAUACUCACAUACAGACGAAUAUUGCUGGAAAACGUAUCGAUGACCUGGUCUCUGGAGUUGAUCGGUCGGGAAACAAUGUUUUCGACAAACGCGAUGUCCCUGCUAUUGAACAGGCAAAUCCUUUUGACAGCACACACAUCGUUGCCAGGUCUGCACAGAGCGGUCUGGAUGCAGAUGCUUUAUUGAAUAGCAUUGCACCAAGUCAGAGUGUCGGUAACGGAGACAUUACCACAAACGACGUUGGUGGAGAUAUUGCCAAUCAGAUUGCUGCUGGAAGUACGAAUAGCAUUGGCAACACUGGCAGUGGGCAGGGUGGACAGACGCAGAGUGGAUCGGCGAAUGAUACUGGGGUGCAGGCACAGAGUCAGAGUCCUGCUCAGGGAACUACGCCAGGAGCUGCCCAAGGUCUUGCACAGGGAGCUUCUCAGGGAAGCACUCAAGGAACUCAGGGAACCCCUCAAGGAACAACUCCAGGAACUGCCCCAAUCAACUCUCCAGGUCAAGGAAGUGACAUCAUCUCGAACGACGUAGGAGCUGCUCUUGAAAGUCAACUGGAGCCAGGAGGUGAUUCGACCGAUGCUAAUGUUCCUGAUGUCGGUGGAGCCAUUGCGAAUUCAAUCGCACUUGGCGGACAAAGUCAACCAACACCAUUACCACAGAGUCAGCAAUCACCACAGGGUCAACAGCCACCGCAAGGCCAAGCACCGCAACAGGCCCCCCGGCCACCACCAUCGGGCCAGGCACCUCAGGCUCAGGCACCUCAGGGUCAGGCACCUCAGGCUAUGGCACCCCAACCCAUGGCGCCCGCAGCCAGCCAGGCCGCACCAGGAGCGGCCCCAAUGGCAUCGCCGAUGGCGUCUCCUAAGGCAUCUCCAGCGACACCCCCGGAAAUGGGUUCAGCGCCUCAGGCUAUGGCACCCGCAGCAGCAAUGGAGGCAUCGCCAGCAGCAGCCCCUGAAAUGUCUCCAGCAGCAUCACCUGCAGCGGCUCUAGAAGCGUCGCCAGCAGCGGCUCUAAAUGCGUCUUCAGUAGCAUCACCUGCAGCAUCUCCAUCAUCAUCUGAGAUGUCACGAAUGACAUCCCCUGAAGCACCUGCGAAAGCAGCUUCAGAGGCAUCUCCUGCCAUGUCCUCAGCAAUGUCGUCAGGGGGAUCUCCCUCCUCAAAGCCCGUCAUAACCGUGACACCCCCAGGAAAGUCAUCUCUGCCAGCAGUGACGCCUAUCCCCUGGACCAACUCACCAUCGAAAAUGGGAGGAAUGAAAAGCAGUGCAAGCACAGAAGGGCCAGUCACUCCAGCAGCGUUAUCCGCUAAAAGCACCAGUACAAUGAUGGCUGGCGCAGAAAUGGCCUCGCCCGGCUCAAUGGCCAGCAACGGAACCGCUGCAGCUGUAACAUUAAUUGCCGAGGGUGGCUCGCCAGCUGCCGCAGAAGCGGUUUCCAGUUCCAUGUCCACUAGCAUGGCAUCAAUCAACACUGCAACCCUGACACCGGGUGGCCUUGCUGCUGCAACCACGACAACAGCAGUAGGUAGUCCUAUUGCAGUCAUCGCCCAAGGUAAUGUCACCGCCAGCUCCAGCGGCGCCUCGAUGACCAUGGCAUCUGAGGGUGGCUCCGGGGAAAGCAAUGCUGUGAUGAGCAAGGCGUCUGGCAGCAGUGCUGCACCGCCGGCGGCCGCAGUUACAGUUGUUGCAGGGUCAGGAAACUCGUCUGAGCCAGCAGGCAUGAUGAGUGGCGGGGGUGCUGGAUCGUCCAUGCCCUCCAAGAGUGGUGCUUCGGCUACAGCUGAUGCCGCUUCAGGUGGUGCAGCUGGCCCAGUCACUGUUAUCGCAGGCAACGGAACAUCACCGACUGCUGCUGCUGAGGCUGUCAGUGGAUCAACCUCCAUGGCCUCUGGUAUGGGUUCGAGUGGUGGUUCCUCAAACGGAACGUCAGUCGGACCUGCAGUCACUGUUAUAGCAGGCGGUGGCGAGGCAGCUGCAGCCGCUGCGACGCGAGCAGCGGAAAACGGAGGCUGCAAUUGCUCUUGCCUGUGUCCUGCGGGCUCCUUCUCCAUGGCACCGCCACCGGCCCCAGCGUUCCAACUGGGCUCUUCGAGCACGAUGCAGACAAUGGUCGCCAGCCCCAUCACCGUCGAGGCAGGAAGCAGUAAAGCAGGUGCAAGUUCAGGUUCCGGCUCCAGCUCCAGUUCUGCCUCCUCCUCCGCAUCCUCAUCCCCAAUGUCGACAACUUCCUCCUCCGCCGCAACUUCAACCUCCGCUGCCGAGGCAGCUAGCUCAAGUUCUGCAGCUACACCCGCGGCAACUACCUCGUCGUCGUCGUCGUCGUCGUCGUCGUCUUCUUCUUCCUCAUCUGCAGCAGCAGCGACUAGCAUCUCGGCUCAAAGCCAAAUCGCAGCCAAUGCACCGCCCGUGCCUACACCUAUUGGCGGUGCGGAAACGCCAGCUGGCGGACUGCCGUUUAACAUCAAUACUGUUGACUUGCAGAGUCGUGUUACUGUGAAUUUGGGAAGGAGACUGGCGAAGCCGACAGUGGCGCCGAGGGCGUGGUGGUGA